UGUGCAUAAAAGUAAAAAUGUGUUUGAAAUAGAACUUUUAGUACUAAUUUAUAUAGUCUCUUAUAAUUCCUUUGAAGGUGUGGCUUUGUGGUAUGUAAAUGGUUUUAUUGUAUAUUGUAUUGUACACAAAGAUGAGACUUUAAUAAAAUAUGAGUUCAGUUGAGUUGAGUCGUAAAUGUUAUACAUACAUAAAAAUCAAUCCUUUCAUAAAAAAGAACAGGAAACUGACACCGACAGACUUGAGUUUUUGUGUGUGUGUGUUUUUUUUUGUUUUUGUUUUUUUAGAGCCUGAGGCUGGGAAUAAAAUAUAUAUAUAAAUAAUGCAUGGACUAAUGAAAUAGAAACGUACAGAAAUAGUUCACUCUGAAACACUAUAAAUUAUUAAAUAUUUUUCAUUAUGUAAUGUGAUUACAGGAAAGGAACGAAUGGGUUAAAUAUAAAAUAUGCCUAAAUAUAGUCUUCUAGCUGGGCGUUAAAUUUCUGACACAAUGGCAGAUGGUAUUGUGAAGUAUUACAAAUUUCCUGUUCUUUCAUUUACACAUAAAUUAACAUCUUUAUGUAUAAUUGGAAGAGAACUUUCGACUUAAGUGCGCAUUCAUAUGGCAUCUGCUGAAACUAGAAAACUGUACAAUCGUAGUUACACAAAUUUUAAAAAUGUUUACUUUAGAAAGGGUAUUUUUUAUUAUUAGAAUUAACGCGAUUUUAUUUCUUUCAUUUGCAAAACAUGCAGUGGGAAAUGAAUUUCACUUUGCGCGUCGAAUGAAAACGGACUUUCAUGAUGAUAUGGCUGUUUAUAAUUUCGAAACCCUUACAGGACAAAGUAUAAAUGGCUGUAUAGAAUUAUGCAAGCGGAAGAAACGCUGCAAGUUCAUUAAUUAUGAGCGUAGACCCAAUUUGUGCUUUCUAAUAGGGAUUAAAAACGAAGCUAAUUUUCAGAUCGGAGAUUACUUGGAGGUGAAACCAGGUUACUAUUUUGGAGAUAAGAAUGAAUGGAAUAUGGAGGAACAUGAAGUAUGUGAACAAUGCAGUGAAAAUGGAGUCUGCGAAAUCGAUGAUGGACGUGAUCAUUCUAAGUGUCUCAAUUCAGGAUGCGGACCCCCUGAACAAAAGGAGAAUACAAUAGUACUUGGCGGAAUGUUUUCAGUCGGGAGUAGAAUCGAAUAUGAAUGUAAGAAAGGAUACAAACCAAUCAAGAACGUUCCGUUGAGAUCAGUGUGCCUUGAAAAUGGAACCUGGAGUGCGGUAGAGGUUGAAUGCGUGCCAUGUAACAAUCCCAAAGUAAAUUUAGCACGAGGAAAACCUACUAAUCAGAGCUCUACUUUGUUCGGGAAAGUGGCAGGCUAUGGGACAUCAAGUCUUGCUGUAGAUGGAAUGUGGGUAUCAAACAUGUGGCCUGAUGAUGAUGGUCCAUACAUGUGCGCACAUACUAAACGUGAUAAAGAAAUAUCAUGGUGGAUGGUAAACUUGGAACAUAUAUACACUGUGUCAAAAGUUGCCAUCUUGAAUCGGAGUGACUGUUGCUCGGAACGUUUAAGGAACCUUACCAUCACUGUUGGAGAAACGGAAAGUAACAUGCAACUGUGUGCAACAUAUGAGGGUCCCGGAGGUGCCGGAGAAAUUGUGAACAUCACGUGUCAAACAUCGUUGUUAGGACAAUUUGUACGGAUAAAUAAGCCAGGCUCCGACGCUUUACAACUGUGUGAAGUUGGUGUUUAUUGUUAA